GCAUGGUGCUUUAUGUACCAUCACAACAUAGAUCAUUUUCACAGCAACUCUAUGAGAUAGACCACAGUUAUUCCUAUUUCAUGGAUGGGGAAGAGUGCCCAGGGUGACACAGUGACCCUGUGGAAAAGAAACCUGAACCAUGAACACCACACAGGGCACGGUAGGCAGCGAUCCAGUCAUCCUGGCCACUGCUGGCUAUGACCACACUGUUCGGUUCUGGCAGGCCCACAGUGGGAUAUGCACCCGAACUGUCCAGCACCAAGAUUCUCAGGUCAAUGCUCUGGAGAUCACCCCAGACCGGACCAUGAUAGCUGCUGCAGGCUACCAACACAUUCGAAUGUACGACUUGAACUCCAAUAACCCCAACCCUGUUAUCAACUACGAUGGCGUGAGCAAGAACAUCACCUCUGUCGGGUUCCACGAAGAUGGCCGAUGGAUGUACACUGGGGGUGAAGACUGCAUGGCCCGCAUCUGGGACCUCAGGUCGCGCAACCUUCAGUGCCAGCGCAUCUUCCAAGUGAACGCGCCCAUCAACUGCGUUUGCCUGCAUCCCAACCAGGCAGAACUUAUUGUUGGGGAUCAGAGCGGGGCCAUUCACAUCUGGGACCUGAAGACAGACCACAAUGAGCAGCUCAUUCCGGAGCCAGAAGUCUCCGUCAACUCUGUGCACAUAGAUCCGGAUGCCAGCUACAUGGCUGCAGUCAACAGUUCGGGCAACUGUUAUGUGUGGAACCUGACGGGAGGCAUCGGAGAGGAGGUGACCCAGCUCAUCCCCAAGACCAAGAUCCCUGCCCACAACCGCUACGCUCUCCAGUGCAAGUUCAGCCCAGACUCCACGCUUUUGGCUACUUGUUCUGCCGACCAGACCUGCAAGAUUUGGAGGACGUCCAACUUCUCCCUCAUGACAGAGCUCAGCAUCAAGAGCAACAACCCUGGGGAAACGUCCCGUGGCUGGAUGUGGGACUGUGCUUUUUCAGGGGACUCCCAGUACAUUGUUACAGCCUCCUCGGAUAAUUUGGCCAGGCUCUGGUGCGUGGAAACGGGCGAGAUCAAGAGGGAGUACAGCGGGCACCAGAAGGCUGUCGUCUGCCUGGCUUUCAACGACAGCGUCUUGGGCUGAAGAGGAAGACCGUGGUGGCUAUUGGCAAGUCGUGCCGUCCCUCAGACGUGUGUGUGUGUGUGUGUGUGUGUGUG